AUGACUCCUGAUGGAGUAGCCACACAGAAGAUAAAUUUUUCCAUUUUAUUGUUUGUGUCAUUGCUCUGCGGCCUGAUUUUUGACCAGGAUGAUGUCAUUGCUCCUGAAACAGAAAGAAACAGUGAAAUACAGUCAUGCUUUCCUGACAUGUGUAAUCUCCUGAAAGAGUUUGGUGCCAUGAGAGACAAAUUGGGAGUUAUGGAAAACAAGCUGAAGGACAGUGAAAACCAGAUCCUUGAGCUGAAGAACAAAGACACAACCAAGGUGAUAUUGACUGCUGCAGUAGGGAGUAAAGGAGCCAUGGGACCCUUCAACACAGACACAACUUUAAUCUACAGAGCUGUGAAAACAAACAUUGGUAACACCUACAGUCCAUACACAGGUAUCUUCACUGCCCCUGUUGCAGGUGUUUAUUACUUUACCAUCUUCUAUCAUGCUGGAGGAUCACACCAGGCAAAGCUGUAUCUGUACAAGAACAACGAGAUGAUGGUCAGGGCCCAGGAUCACUGGUCAGUCUUUGACACAGCUGAUAAUGGAGGAAACGCAGUGUUUCUGCAGCUGCAGCAAGGAGACCAAGUGUAUGUGCGCAUGGCUGCAAAUUCACACGUUUGGGGAUAUGACUAUGAUACGACUUUCAGUGGUUUUUUGGUCACUCAAAUGUGAGAAUCAAAACAGUGAAAAUGAAUUUGUUCCUGCUUGACGAUGAAUGUAAAAAUCUAAGAUCACUGCAUAAAUAAAUACAGUAAAUGAUGCUUGUAUUUUAAUAGCUGAUGAAACUGAUAGCUGUUUGUGGGACCCACAGUAAUGUUGGCCUUGUUAAUCUGUUUAAUUUUUUUGAUUUUGCUUUAGUGAUCUGAUGUAUAUGUUCUUGUGUAAUAACAACUGUAAUAUUUUAGUAGGUCAAUUUAUGGAUAUAAUGAGUAAGGCUCACACAGGCACUUUGGGCAGCGUGUGGGGUCCUUUGGGUUAGAUAGGAGCAGGACAGCAGGGCACACACGUCAGUCAGCAGACGUAAACAGCCUGCUCUACGUAGAGACAACGUUCUGCUGGUGUGCUUGUGUUUCUGUAUUUACAGAGAAAACAAAGUAAAGGAUUUUAUUUUAAACUAAUGCAUGCCUGGAAGUCCCUUUUAGUGUCCAAGUGUGCAACAUGUUGCUCAUUAAAUAAAUGAUCUAAAAAUGA